AUGAACCGCAAGAGCAACGACACGCAGCCGGUGAAGCUCACCGGCGCCGAGAUCGCCAAGCACAACUCCCGCGAGAGCUGCUGGGUCAUUGUCCACGGCCGCGCAUACGAUGUCACCGAAUUCCUGCCCGAGCACCCCGGUGGCCCCAAGAUCAUCCUCAAGUACGCCGGCAAGGAUGCUACCGAGGAAUACGAGCCCAUCCACCCGCCCGACACCCUCGACAAGUACCUCGACAAGUCAAAGCACCUGGGCGAGGUUGACAUGAACACGGUCGAGCAGGAGGAGAAGACCGAGGACCCCGACGAGCAGGCGCGUCAGGAGAGACUCGCGAGAAAGCCCAUCCUGGAGCAAUGCUACAACCUAAUGGACUUCGAGGCGGUGGCGAGGAAUGUUAUGAAGAAGACGGCAUGGGCAUAUUACUCGAGUGGUGCAGACGACGAGAUUACUAUGCGGGAGAACCAUUCCGCCUUCCACAAAAUCUGGUUCCGCCCCCGGAUCCUCGUUGACGUGGAGAAGGUCGACUACUCGACAACGAUGCUUGGCACCAAAGUUGAUAUUCCUCUCUACGUCACUGCCACUGCUCUCGGCAAGCUUGGCCACCCUGAGGGUGAGGUCGUCCUCACACGUGGUGCGAAGAAGCACAACGUCAUUCAGAUGAUCCCUACUCUUGCAUCUUGCUCUUUUGACGAGAUUGUCGACGCAAAGGAGGAUGAUCAGGUGCAAUGGCUCCAGCUCUACGUCAACAAGAACCGCGAAAUCACCAAGGGAAUCGUGGAGCACGCCGAAAAGCGCGGCUGCAAGGGCCUCUUCAUUACUGUUGACGCACCUCAGCUGGGCCGCCGCGAAAAGGACAUGCGCAGCAAAUUCGACGACGUCGGCUCCAACGUCCAGAGCAGCUCUAGCGAGAGUGUAGACCGCUCUCAAGGCGCUGCACGUGCCAUCUCAUCUUUCAUUGAUCCCUCGCUCAGCUGGAAAGACAUCCCCUGGUUCCAGUCCAUCACCAAGAUGCCAAUCAUCCUCAAGGGCGUGCAAUGUGUCGAAGACGUCCUAAAGGCCGUCGAGGCUGGCGUUCAGGGCGUUGUCCUAUCCAACCACGGUGGUCGUCAGCUCGAUUUCGCCCGCUCCGGCGUUGAGGUUCUCGCAGAGGUCAUGCCGAUCCUGCGCGAGCGGGGAUGGGAGAACAAGAUCGAAGUCUACAUUGACGGAGGUGUCCGACGUGCAACCGACAUCAUUAAGGCGCUCUGCCUAGGUGCCAAGGGUGUCGGCAUUGGCCGCCCGUUCCUGUACGCCAUGUCUGCCUAUGGUUUGCCUGGCGUGGACCGGGCCUUGCAGCUACUCAAGGACGAGAUGGAGAUGAACAUGCGUCUCAUCGGUUGCUCCAGCAUCGACCAACUCAAUCCGAGCUUGAUCGACACUAGGGGUCUCAGCUUGCACAGUGCAGGUGUUCCUUCGGACACGCUGGGCUUGAACGUGUACGACCCAUUGAUUGGGCCUAAAGAGAGCGCGAUCAAGGAGAAGGCGAAGUUGUAA